AUGGGGGUGUUGAUGUCCAAGCGGCAGACAGUGGAGCAGGUACAAAAGGUGAGCCUGGCUGUGUCUGCCUUCAAGGAUGGGCUACGGGACAGGCCUUCCAUCCGACGCCCUGGUGAGCUUCCAGGGUCCCGCCGUGGCACAGUAGAGGGCUCUGUCCAGGAGGUACAGGAGGAGAAAGGAGCAGAGGCAAGUACCCCAGUGCUCCAAGAAGAGAGCAGUGUCAAUCGUGCAGCUUGGGAGAGGCUCCGAGAUGGGCGUGGAGUGGAGCCGGAGGAGUUUGACAGGACUAAUCGUUUCACACCCCCUGCCUUCAUCCGCCCCACCCGGAAGCUGGAUGAUGACAAGCCUCCUGAUAUCUGCUUGGAGCCCAGAGAACUUGUUGUCAACGAUGAGAUAUGUGAUGUCUGUGAAGUCUGGACAGCUGAGAGCCUCUUCCCAUGCAGGAUCUGCACCAGGGUUUUCCAUGAUGGCUGCCUGCGCCGCAUGGGCUACAUCCAAGGAGAUAGUGCAGCAGAGGUGACCGAGACAGCCCACACAGAAACUGGCUGGAGCUGCCACUACUGUGAUAAUCUCAACUUGCUGCUAACUGAGGAGGAAAUGUACAGCCUCACAGAGACCUUCCAGCAGUGUAAAGUCAUUCCUGAUUGCUCCCUGACACUGGAGGACUUCCUGCGCUACCGCCACCAAGCAGCAAAGCGGGGGGACAGUGACAGGGCUCUAAGCGAGGAGCAAGAGGAGCAGGCAGCCCGCCAGUUUGCAGCCCUGGACCCUGAACAUCGAGGACACAUAGAGUGGCCUGACUUCUUGUCCCAUGAGUCCCUCCUACUUCUGCAGCAAUUGCGUCCCCAGAACUCUCUGUUAAGGCUUCUGACAGUGAAAGAGCGGGAGCGAGCCCGGGCCACCUUCCUAGCCCGGGGCAGCGGGAGCACUAUCAGUGAGGCAGAGUGCCGUGGAGCCCAGCACUCUUGGUUCUGCAAACACCUUGCAGAGGCUCCUUCCUGCAGUGUCAGCAUCAGCCAUGUGGGUCCCAUAGCAGACAGCAGCCCAGCCAGCAGCAGCAGCAAGAGUCAAGACAAGGCUUUGCUACCCACAGAGCAGGAGUCCAGAUUUGUGGACUGGCCUACCUUUCUGCGGGAGAAUGUUGUCUACAUCUUGGCUGCUCGCCCCAACAGUGCAGCAAUUCAUCUGAAACCCCCAGGAUAG